ACGGUGAUUCGUGCGCAUCGAGGACACCCCACACCCCACCCGCCCACUUGGAUUCCGGUGGAGCGGCGGCGGCGGGGCACCUGUGAAAAUAAUAAUGCCCAGCUCGAUGCUUGGACUCCGGUGGAGCAGCGGCGGCGAGGCAUGGUGCUCCGCCGCUCCUGAUGGGUUGGGCUUCGCCUCCUCCCUCCGACGCAGCAUCCCGACGCUCCUCCGACGCCGAACCCUAAUCCCCCUCAGAAGCCCCGACGACGGCGGUGGAGGUGUGGUGAGGAGCCCCGACGUGGUGGAUUUGGAGUACGCCGACCUCAACCUCAGGGACUUGUACGGCGCCGGUCAUCUGGGUCACGUGCGGAUCCGGCAACAUGUGAAUCCCCUCAGCUCGGGUUUCUCCGCACCAGUGCAGGUUCCGGACUGGCAAGCAGUUUUCCAGGACUCGACGCUGCCGCUUAUGGUGGAUAUCGGCUGUGGCAGCGGCAGGUUCCUCAUUUGGCUCGCAAAAAAUUCCCCUGAACCAAGAAACUAUCUGGGAUUGGAAAUACGUCAGAAGUUAGUUCGGCGUUCAGAUUUUUGGGUGAAUGAGUUGGGUCUCAGAAACAUCUACUUUAUGUUUGCAAAUGCCUCAGUAUCCUUUGAGCAGUUGGUGUCCAGUUAUCCGGGACCCCUGACAUUAGUUUCAAUAUUGUGUCCAGACCCCCAUUUCAAGAAAAGACAUCACAAAAGAAGAGUUAUGCAAAAACCCUUGGUGGAUUCUAUUUCAAAAAAUCUGUGUACAGAGGGACAGGUCUUUCUGCAAUCAGAUGUGCUUGAAGUUGCUCUUGACAUGAGAAAUCAGUUUGAUGUUUGCUCGGAUGAGUUUGAGCAUAUUGACACUAUUGACCCAAAUUUUUUAUGCGACACUCAAGGAUGGCUCUUGCACAACCCAAUGGGCAUACGGACUGAGAGAGAAAUACAUGCUGAGCUUGAAGGGGCAAAAAUAUUCAGACGGAUGUAUCAAAAACGAAAUCAUCAUCUUUCUGGAUAAUCGUUCACAGACUUAUUAGUUACAAUAGGCGCAUCAGAGAUCACCAUCCAUUCACUUUUGUUCUUUUUUUGAGACAAGCCUAUCUCUAAUUUGUUUAUUAUUGAAGCUUGUCUCUCCAUUUUUCCUGUUGCCUCAUUUUUCAUUUUGAUAUAUUGUUUAGGGUGCCAGAUUGUUCAACACAAACCGGUGUGCAUAGGUUUUAUGUGAUCAUCAUCUAGCUGAGAGUUAAGCUUUAAUUUUUGACAGAUGACUGGAAAUAACCUUUGCUGUUGGUACUUUUGUCAGCUAACUUUGCCUGUGUGGCUUAUGUCAAUCAAGUGAGGUAGGUAUUUGUGGUU